AUGCCCAAGAAGAGAAAGAACAACGGACGCAACAAGAAGGGCCGCGGCCACGUCAAGCCCAUCCGUUGCUCAAACUGCUCGCGAUGCACGCCCAAGGAUAAGGCCAUCAAGAGAUUUACCAUCCGCAACAUGGUCGAGUCUGCUGCCAUUCGUGAUAUCUCGGACGCUUCGGUCUUUGCCGAAUAUGUCGUUCCCAAGAUGUACCUCAAGCUGCAGUACUGCGUGAGCUGUGCCAUUCACGGCAAGAUCGUUCGUGUUCGUUCGCGUGAGGGACGCCGCAACCGUGCUCCUCCCCCUCGUGUCCGCUACAACAAGGACGGCAAGAAGAUCACUCCCACCCAGGGCGCUAAGACCUCUUAG